CACAGUUCAUGCGACACGCUGAGGGCAGGCUGAGUCCUCAGCUCGUGUCCAGCGAAGGGGAGCUCGUGUCAGACAUGUCAUUGUGAGCUGAGCUGAGGCUGCUGGACUCAGAAAGCCCUGGGCCUCCAGGGCCUGAGGCUGAAGCUGUGGCCAUCCAGGCCAGGGACGUCCCGGGACCCUGGAUUUCUUUGGGUCCACGGGCCAUGAUGGCUGCUCUCAUCAGCUCUCCAGAGCGAGCGAUGAGGGGCGUCACCAAAUCAACAUCACAGCAUGCGAAAAGAACAGAGGCUCGUAGGGGGGUGUGGCGUCAACCCCUUAAUACACACUGGUGCCCAGGACUGGCAGAAGCUGGGGGCUGUCUGAUCCAAAGGAAGCAAGGCCGUGCAAAUGAAAGCACAGCAUUGCUUUGCAACAGCGGCGCGGCCUAUCCUAGCGUGCGAAGCAGCCGGCGUCCAGGCCCCUGCGCGAUUGGGGCGCCAGCAGAAGGCAGGGGUGAGCGCUUAGGUCAGCUACGGUGGCAAUCACGGGGAGCGGGGCACUGGAGUGCAGGUGGCACAGCAUGUAGCGCAUGCCAUGCGCUGGUAGUGGAGGACGCAGUGGCAGCACGGUUAGACGUGGCCGCAUUCUUGUGCGACAGCCUGCCCUCGCAGCUCUGGUUCGGGGGCUACAUGCAGGAGGCACGAGGCGCCAGCCUCUCAUUGGCGAGCGGGGGGAGGGUGACCACCAGCUUCACUGAGCCACACGCCCUGACAUGGAUUGCCUGGGCGCCGCCAGACGAGUCAGCUAAUGAAGAGCAGGCCCGAAGCAAGUGCACUGAGGAUGCAAACUUGGCAGCCUCUGGUUCUGAGGUCAUGCGCAGCGGUCCUGAGAAGUCCCCAAGGUCGCUAGUGGUGGGCGCCCACCGUCCCUUACCCAGUGCCGGCAUUGUUAGCGCCGCUGCCGCCUUCCUGCUGGUCCUGGGGCCUGUGCCCGCGGGUGCCAUGCUGCCGGUGUCCCCGCAGGACCCGCCCCUCACGCGCCUUCCCCCUGCCAUGGACGUGCGGCCCUCCCUGUCCACCUCUUUGCAACAGGGCUAUCAGUUCCCCCUCGACCCGCCCUCAGCCCAGGCUGGUGCCCUUCUAUUCACUGCUGCACCCCGCAGUGGCCUCAAAGCGCCCCCAGCCCCUAAUCCGCUUGGGCCCCGCCUGCCGGUGCUCGUCUAUGACCCCGACGAGCUGCUGCGGGAGCCCCCCCGGGAGGAGGUGAUCCGGAGUGGGGGCGAGGUGAAGAGCCCCGCGGACCUGGCGGAGAGCCUGCAGAAAGGGUGCGGGGGCCCCCAAUGCUUCGCAACGCUCUUCCGCCCAUCCGCAGAGUUGGAAGGGCUGGGCUUUGCGGGCGCAAUCAUCUUUGGCGUGGUGUCGGAGCGGCGCAAGUCGGGGCUGGUGCAGCUCAAGGACUUGGUCAAGGUGGCCCUGGAUCAGAAGAGCGAGAGCGAGGCGCUCGUGGCCUCCUUGCAGCAGGAGCUGGAGCAGCAGCGCAGCCUGCUCUCCAAGGUCCUCCAGCAGCGGGGGGCGCUGCCCAGCAUCCCGCUCAGCCAGCAGACGGGGCAAGCGCCGCCCAGGGAAAAGAAGCUGAUUGGCAGCCGCGAGUGGAUGGAGGGGCUCGGCAAGCGAGGACUGGAGGCCCUGGCGGGGAGGAAAGGUAAUGAGGCGUCCUCGCCAGGGCCGGCCCUCGAGCACGCCUACUUCUCCAAGAUGGGCCAGGUGCAUGACGUCAGCAAGCCCCGUGGCCUCGUCCCUGAAGGCGUCAGCCGGGUGGUCGAUCAGACGGGCCGGGCUCUGGGCUUCCUGGGGGAGCCCUCCGAACAAGACGCCGUGGCACGUUCUGAGGAAGAUGCAGCAGGGACGCGGGGAGGGGAGGGAGCAGCGGCGGGGCCAGCAGUGGCGGCCCCGGCCAUGCGCUACGUGAUCCCCGACACGAACCAGUUUCUGAGGAACCUGCCGCAGAUUAAGCGGCUGCGCGAAAAGUCUGGCGUGCAGACGGUGGUCCCGCUCGCAGUUUUGAAGGAGCUGGACGGGCUGCAGAGCCACCCCGACAAGCGGGCGGGGGCACUUGCGCGCAAGGCGCUGCGCUACAUGUCCCAGGAGAUGGCAGCCGGCGUCACGUGGCUGCGCGGCCAGCGGCGCUCCGAGGUGCGCUGCCUCGUCGGCACAGAUCCUGCGGAGAACCGCGCCGCGCUGGUCGGUGUGCCGUCUCCGCGGGAGGCCUGGCGGCAGACGAGCUACACAGCGGUGGGGCGGGCGGACGAGGCGGACGACGAGCUGGUGGACUGCUGCGUCCACUUCUCGGGGGGCGGCGGCGAGGUGACGCUGCUGACCGACGACAAGACGCUGCAGCUCAAGGCCAUGUUCCACGCGGUCAAGGCGCGCCCCAUCACCGACUUCCUCGCCGCCCUGGAGGCCGCCCCGCCCGCGCCGCCGCGCCCGGUCGUGCUGCCGGCCAGCAUCGACACCGAGGUCGCGCUCCACCAGCUGCGCCGCUACGAGACCACCACCGCCCCCCCAGAACGGCCCCCCUUGGUCAGCAGUCCCCAGGCAGGACCGCGGGACACCGGGUCAGGGGAGGGAACACGGGCGACCGAGAGGGGGGCCCGCCGGACCGCGAGCGAGGGUGCGCAGCUGGUGACGAACGGGACCGUUCACCGAGGGAGCUUCCGCACAGUGACGGGACUGAGGACCACGCAGGCAGGCAGGCAGCGGGGCGAGCACGCAGGCCGCAGGCCAGACAGUCCAAGCCCUGCGGGAGGGGCAAGGGGGCCGGGGCCGCCUGAGGAUGCUGCGGCCCCGCAAGAAGGGCGGCAGACUCGCGGGGGGAGGUCGAAGACAGGUCGAGGCCGGGCGACGACGAGCGGGCGGAAGGUGGAGGCGGAUAAGUCGGCAGGGGAUGACAGUGGGCAGGAAGGGGAGGAGCGACCGACCAAAGGGAGCGGCGGGAGGAACAAAACGCAGGGGCGCCGGCCGCGCUUUGCACGGACGGAGGCGGGAAGGAAGGAGAGUAGUGCACCCGCGGACAUGCUGGACCUUGCGGCCAGGCUGAAUGCACAAGCGAAGGAGGGGGCCAAGAAGACGACAUCCAGCAGGUCGGAAAGGAGUAGAGACAACGAGAGACCAAGGCAACAACCUCCGUAGCCGUGUUGCUAUUUGUUGGCUCUUUGAUGCCUUUUGUUGCACGCGUUGUUGGAGGUCAACGUUCUGGUGCUCAAUCUAUCAGCGCGGAGACCAUCUGAACUGAGAAAUAGCAGCCAAUAUCAGCCAAUUUGACUCGACCCUUGUAAGGGGCAUUGUAAGGCGAAUCACAUCAUGCGCGGCGUAUAAUCACUUGGUUGGGAGUCC